AUCAAGGCUCAAAAGAUAAUGAAGAUGAAGUGAUUGUGCCUAUUAGGGAAAUGGUAAAAGCAGAAGGGAAACAUAAAGAGAAAAUUCUUCAGAACGAACACACGAUCAUACAUAAAGGAACAUCGUCUGAGCAUAAGCAUGGAUUUGCAGGAUGUCCCGAGGGAACGCAGGAAAACAAAGUAACAGAACAAUCAGAACUUUCACGGAAUCAUUGCAAUGUCGAGGAAAUUCAGCGUGAAGACAUAGAAGUGGCAACAGGGGCCAAGGGUGGCUGUGGCUCUGCAAGACUGAGUGGCGAUGUAGUCGAAGCCGGGGAGACACACAGAAAAGGAUGUGUAAUGGGAGGCGCAGAGACUAAAGGCGACACAGAAAAACUCGGAGAAAAGAAACCCAACACAGAGGAACUAACAUUGUACAGAAAGUUUAUGGAUAGAGAAGAAAAUGCCGAUGACAGGGUUAUUAGUACAAAGAACGACACUGGCAUAGAGGCUAUUAGUGAAAAUAAGACCGAAAAAGGGGAAUUUACAGAGAAAGAGUUUGAAAGAGAGUCCGAGAGAGUCGCAGAGGUCACGGAUGAAACAGAUGUUACAGAGAAUAAGGACGACGCAGCAGUAGUUUCGGAAAAUAAGAAUGAGGCAGAGGAAGUUGCAGAAGACACAAACAAGACAAAGGAUAUGAAAGAGAACGAGAAUGAGACAGAAGAAGUUAUGAAGAACAGUAACAGGGCCGAACAAGUUGUAGAGAACAAAAUCAUUACAGAGUCCAAGGCCGAGGCAGAGCAAGUUGCGGCCACCCAGGCCGAGGCAGAGCAAGUUGCGGCCACCCAGGCCGAGGCAGAGCAAGCUGCGGGAAACAAACUAGACAGAGAGAGAGAGAACAAUAACGAGACCGAUGACAUCAAAGAACACAAAGCCGCGUUUGGACACCCUGAGAUAGCCUCCGACUUCAAGCGUGGCGGUUCGGCCGUGGACGGAGCGAGACCAGGCCCGACCAGCGCGCCAAAGAAGAGCAGCGCCGCGGACGGAACUGCGAAUGUCGGGGGAGCGGGUCGGAAGAAUAAGAAGAAAAAUUCCAGGAGGAAGAAAUAGCCUGGUUUGCUGAUGAGUGAUUGCAUUCUUGAGAAAUAAUUAUCAACUUUUUAUUUUUUACUUUUACCCGAAUUUGAUUUUAUGUAUUUGUUUUAAUAUAAUUUUAUUUAGA